GGAGAGGGACGGAGACCAGUCGCCCGCCGACCCGUGCGUCUCCACUCGUCCACGCGCAAAUCCCCUUCCCACCCCCUGACCAGACCAAAGGCAGUAGCAACUAGCAAUGCAGCUUCCUCCUCGUCUUCCUCCUCCACCUCAGCUGCUCAUGCUCCUCCCAGUCCCCUCCUCCUGCCCCCAAUCCUCUUCCGCCCCUCCCUCGGGCCUCUUCCCCAUCUCCUGAUCACACUCGCUCGCGCGCCAUGGGCGGCCGCGCCUCCCGCCACCGCGCGCAGCCGCACGACCAGUCUUCUCACCCUCCUCCUCGGCCGCCGCCCAAGCAGCAGCAGGGCCAGCAGCACCCCAACAACCGCCCCAACAAGCCCAAGCAGCAGCAGCAGCCCCCACCUCCACGUCCUCCGCCGCCACACCAGGCUCCCCCCGCCGCCUCCCCCGCCGCCCCGGGCGCGGCCACCGUCGGCCGCGUGCUGGGCCGGCCGAUGGAGGACGUGCGCGCGUCCUACACGUUCGGCCGGGAGCUGGGCCGGGGCCAGUUCGGCGUCACCUACCUGGCCACGCACAAGCCCACCGGCCGCCGGUACGCGUGCAAGUCCAUCGCGACGCGGAAGCUCGCGCACAGCGACGACGUCGACGACGUCCGCCGGGAGGUGCAGAUCAUGCACCACCUCACGGGCCACCGCAGCAUCGUCGAGCUCCGGGGCGCCUACGAGGACCGCCACUCCGUCAACCUCGUCAUGGAGCUGUGCGAGGGUGGGGAGCUCUUCGACCGCAUCAUCGCGAGGGGGCACUACUCCGAGCGUGCCGCCGCCGCCCUCUGCAGGGAGAUCGUCUCCGUCGUCCACAGCUGCCACUCCAUGGGGGUCAUGCAUCGGGACCUCAAGCCCGAAAACUUCCUCUUCCUUAACAAGAGGGAGGACUCGCCGCUCAAGGCCACGGAUUUCGGACUCUCCGUCUUCUUCAAGCCCGGCGAGCAGUUCAGGGAUCUUGUCGGCAGCGCUUACUACGUCGCCCCAGAGGUGCUCAAGCGGCGAUACGGAGCUGAGGCAGACAUAUGGAGUGCCGGAGUUAUCCUCUACAUCCUGCUAUCCGGCGUCCCUCCUUUCUGGGCCGAGAACGAGGAUGGCAUAUUUGAUGCUGUUUUGCGAGGUCAUAUUGACUUCGCAUCUGAUCCCUGGCCUUCCAUAUCGAAUAGCGCAAAAGAUUUGGUCAAGAAGAUGCUGCGCCAAGACCCCAAGGAGCGGCUUACUGCUGCUGAAAUUUUGAACCAUCCAUGGAUUAGAGAGGAUGGAGAGGCCCCAGACAAGCCACUAGACAUAACAGUAAUAAGCAGAAUGAAGCAGUUCCGGGCCAUGAACAAGCUUAAGAAGGUUGCCUUGAAGGUUGUUGCUGAGAACUUGUCAGAGGAAGAGAUCGUGGGCUUGAAGGAAAUGUUCAAAUCCCUGGAUACUGACAACAGUGGGACAAUAACGCUGGAAGAAUUGAGAGCUGGUUUACCAAAGCUCGGCACCAAAAUCUCUGAAUCAGAAAUAAGGCAGUUGAUGGAAGCAGCUGAUGUUGAUGGGAAUGGCACCAUUGAUUAUGUUGAAUUUAUAUCAGCAACAAUGCACAUGAAUAGACUAGAGAAGGAGGAUCAUAUAUUUAAAGCAUUCGAGUAUUUUGACAAGGAUCAUAGCGGGCACAUUACAGUUGAUGAGUUGGAAGAAGCUUUGAAGAAGUAUGAUAUGGGCGAUGAGGCAACAGUUAAAGAAAUUAUUGCUGAAGUAGACACAGAUCACGAUGGGAGAAUCAACUACCAGGAGUUUGUUGCCAUGAUGAAGAAUAAUAGCCCCGAGAUUGUUCCAAAUCGGAGGCGCAUGUUUUAAGGCUCAUCUCCUACAUUUAAUUGGAAAAAAGAAAGACUUCUAAGAUAUAUUUUUCCGCGGUCAGAGGGGAGAGCAACUGAUACUCGAAAGUGGGAUUCAGCCUGGGCAUAUGUGCAAUGAUAUUACAGACUUUGGACAAGUCAUCAGUCAUGGGUGAUUGCCUUUGUGUUGCUUCCAUUUUCGACCAUCUCAUCCUACGAUCUUUCCAAGUUAUCUUUAAUGAGGUGUGUCGUGUGGUCUAUGUUUCCUGCCUCUGGAUCUUUUAUGUAAGAGAAACGGACUUGUAAAACAGUUCCAAAUUAUCAUAUACCAGGCGAAAAGUAAUGCGAUGUGCCUUGUGAUCCUCUUUUUUUU